AUGGAGAUCCACAGAAUGACAUCGACGUUCGGCUUCAUCUCGCAGCGUUCAGGACCAGAAGUGUGGAGUAACGUCUCAGAUCUCAGCCAAACUUUUCCUCUUUCGUUAUCGAGCGAGCAGCCGCCGAUAGAUAGCUCCCUGCAGAACUCAACAAACAGUAAUGUUUUAUACGGGCCAGACAUGGCAGGGAUUCUCAUUCCUCUGAUCUACAUCACCGUGUGUAUCGUCGGCCUGAUCGGAAACACUCUGGUAAUCCACAUCGUGUUGCGAUAUUCACCGGCCGAGUCGGUUACGAAUAUCUACAUCCUGAACUUAGCCAUAGCAGAUGAACUCUUCAUGCUAGGUUUACCUUUUCUCGCCGUGCAAAACGGUCUCCUCUCCUGGCCCUUCGGCUCCUUCAUGUGUCGUCUGGUUAUGACCGUGGAUGCCAUUAACCAGUUUACUAGCAUCUUCUGUCUGACCGUCAUGAGCAUCGACCGGUACCUGGCCGUAGUGCAUCCUCUCCGCUCCUGUAGGUGGCGCCAGCCGCGUGUGGCAAAAGUCGUGAAUGCCACGGUGUGGGCCGUUUCCUUUGUGGUCGUCUUACCUGUGGUGGCGUUUGCCGACGUUCUGCAAGACGACGGAAACUGCAGCAUCGUGUGGCCGGAGCCUGCGGAGGUCUGGAAAGCGACGUUUAUCAUCUACACGGCGACCGUGGGAUUUUUUGGCCCGCUGACGGUGAUAUGUCUGUGCUAUUUACUGAUCGUGGUGAAAGUACGCAGCUCUGGACGCAAAGUUCGAGCAACGUCUAUUCGACGCAGGAAAUCGGAACGUAAGAUAACGCGCAUGGUCGUGAUCGUCGUGGCGGUGUUCGUCUUCUGCUGGUUGCCGUUUUACGUAUUAAACAUCGUAAACCUGCUAGUGCUGCUGCCGGGUGAGUUUCGCGGCCUGUAUUAUUUUGUCGUGGUUCUGUCCUACGCUAACAGCUGCGCCAACCCCAUUCUCUACGGCUUUCUGUCCGAUAACUUUAAAAGAGGCUUCAGGAAAGCUCUGUGCCGGUCGUCUAGACGCGUAGAGAACCAGGACCAACGGCAAGGGACGGGAAUGGUUGCUCUACCGCUGGAAGAGAUCCAAAGAGAACUGAACCUCGUAAAACAUCUGAAAGACGAAGAGACGAGAGAGGUGAAGCAGCUGGGCUACACGGAAGAAGCCGACGAAAAGACAGAGCUCUGCGGGAACGGACGUGGAUACCGACAGGUCACCGGGAGAGCAGAUGGUGGCACCGGCAAAGCUGUGGAUGGACGACGUGAACGCUCCAUCAGCUUGAGCCCUGAACCCACAGCUGUCAGCAAUGGAGCACAAAGACAAAAAGCACAAAAAGUCCUGUCUGAGAAGAGUGCCGAUAAAAUCACAGCUCUGGAAAUCAGUUAUCUGUAAUCUGGACCGACUGCAUGAUUAUAAGGAUGACAAAACUGCAGGACAGCAGAAAAACAUUGCAAUACUAUAGCAAAGAUGUGAGUGGAUGGAUGAGUUGACCUCUGACCCCACAGCUGCUGUUCAUUUAACACGAGCCGGA